GCCAUUUCCCAUUUUAAUUCCUUUCAGAAUAUCCCAUUUCUUUUCAUUGUUUCCAUUGGUCAUCCAUUUCUUCUCUUUGGAGAAAGAUGUCAGCUCCUACACUCUCCAUGGCAGCCGGUGUUGCAGCUGUCUCUUCUUCACUCUACAAUAACACCAAACCCUCCUCUCUUUUUUCUUCAUCGAUUCACUUCCUUCCUUCAAGACUUAGCUCUAAGCAGUUAAAACCUUCCAACCUCAAAACCCAAAGCCUCAAUUCCCUUCCUUUGUCUCCUAACUUAUCUCUCCCACGUCUGCCCUGCUUUUCAGCAGCUUUUGACAGCUUUCAAGUUAAUGAAGAUGACCAAAGCAGUGGAGAAGAAUACUCAGAAACAGAAACUCAAGACCUUGAAGAACAACGACAACAAGAGGAAGCUGAAGAAGAUAAGGUUUCAGAGUCUGGCGGUGAAGAAGGAAAGUUGUAUGUUGGGAAUUUGUCUUAUUCAAUGACUUCUUCUGAGUUAACUGAGAUUUUUAGUGAGGCUGGUAGUGUUGCUAAAGUGGAGAUUGUUUAUGAUCGAGUUACGGAUAGGAGCAGGGGAUUUGGCUUUGUAACAAUGGGGAGCGUUGAUGAGGCCAAAGAAGCAAUUAGACUGUUUGAUGGAUCUCAAGUCGGAGGUCGGACAGUGAAGGUGAACUUCCCGGAGGUCCCAAGAGGAGGUGAGAGGGAAGUAAUGGGACCAAGGAUUCGGAGAAGUUACACAAGCUUUAUCGACAGCCCUUACAAGAUCUAUGCAGGAAACCUAGGUUGGCGUGUCACUUCAGAAGGUCUCAGAGACGCAUUUGCUAGCCAACCAGGCUUGUUGAGUGCUAAAGUCAUCUAUGAAAAGGACACAGGAAGGUCUCGUGGUUUCGGAUUCAUUUCCUUUGAGUCAGCAGAGACCGUUGAGUCUGCGCUAACUGCCAUGAAUGGAGUGGAGGUUGAAGGUCGACCUCUACGAUUAAAUAUGGCUGCAGAUAGAGCUCCACGUACUCAUUUGCCUGCCGAAAAUAGUCUUGAAAGCAGCGAAUUGGUUUCAGGCGUCACUGUUUGAUAGGUAUACUAAAACAAAUAGGUGAUUUUGAAAGGAGGAUCUAGAAAAUUAUGCAGAUAUAUUACCUUUCACUUCCAGAUUAUGUUUCCAUAAAUAUCAUUUUCCACCUUAUUCAAGAACUGAUUAAAAAUGUGUUGCAUGUAAAUCAUAGAGCGAAGGGAGAUGAUUCACUCGACUUCUAAAUUUUGGACUAUAUGUAAUUCUACAUUGUUUGAGUUAUGCAUAUUAUGACAAUUCCAAAAGCAAAAAUUCCCAUAGA